UAGCUAUGCACUUCAAGCAAGGGCGAUGUGUAAUGCGGCGCGUAUUCACAUGAGAUUCAAAGUGGGUCCCACGACAGCCUCGACUGUACCAUACUGAUUUUCACAUUUUUGUAUCAGAAUCAUCUUGUGUCCGCCAUACAUCUACGGUGAGUGAUCAGGUUGAAUUUCAUGUUCAGCCCGAUCAUCGGGUCCGUCUUUUGGGUCCUGCUGAAAUGCAAGUUGAUACAUGCUGUUGCAUGUAACCGUGUCUGCCACCUGCUAACACAUGCCACAUUCUCGAUCGCACCCAUGGCAUUUGGUGCUUGCAAAACCGCAGACGUCCCUGCUACGCCAACUCAUUCUUUUAGCAUCAAAUCGAGUAUUGGACGUUCAACUGCGGUCACGGACCAUGUGGAUGUCCCUGAUAACUCAGGGCGGUGUUUUACACUGCAAAUUGGCCUAUCCUCGCAAUGCUGUCUUGCAAUGCUCCAUUCAAAGGCUCCAACUACUAUUGCGAAAUUUAAUGAAAUGGUCGGAAUCAUAGUCUCCCCUAGACAGUCCUUUAAAGCUUUAUUGACGAAUGAAUAUAAUCGUUUGAUGUGAUCACGCAGACUCGUCGUUUGACGAGUGCACUUACCAC